AAGCAGGAGACCCAGGAAGACCUCAUGCACACCUGGACCUUCUCACUCACAGUUUGAUGUCAAACGCAUUAAGAAGGCAAAAACCUCAUCUGCUAAUGACCUUUUGACGAGACGCACCUGUUAAUUGAAAAGUAUUCCAGGCUGUGAAGACGGAAGAGACCUCAGAUGAAACGACAUCGAUCUCUGUAGGACACAUCGACUCUGUGGAUGGAGAGAAUGGAGGAUUCCUGAAGAAGCCUAUAAAAAAGGAGGAAGAUGAAGACUACCUUUGUAAGACAGCAGAAUUCAUCACGUAACCCUGUUCUAUUUCUGGUUUAACAGGAAUCUGAGGCUCCUUGAAAACUUGCAAAUUGAAGAUUGGAAGAAAGAUCAGGCCAUGUUUUUCUGAUCUUCAGUUGUCCAGUAGCUUCCUGAGGUUCCUGUUCUUGCCUGACUGGAGAGGAACCUGAUGUGGCCUUCUGCUGUUAUAGCCCUGGAUUGAUGUGUUGUGUGUUCUGAGAUGCUUUUCUGCUCAUCAUAUUUGUAAAGAGUGGUUAUUUGAGUUACUGUAGACUCAUGCCAGUCUGUCCGUUCCGUUUUCCUUUCACUGGUCUCUUUCUGCCCACAGAACCUCUGCUCACUGAAUGUUUUUUGUUUUUUGGAUUAUUCUGUGUAAACUCUGGAGACUGUUGCAUCUCUGCAAAUCACAGGAGAUCAGCAGUUUCUGAAAUACUCAAAUCAGCAAUCAUGCCAUGGUUAAAGACGCUGAGAUGUCCUCUUCCCUCGUUCUGAUGUUUGAUGAACAUUAACCGUAGCUCUUGACCUGUAUCUGCAUGGUUUUAUAAUGAAUGUUCAUGGAGAUUUUGCUUAUCUCUUUCUUCCUCUGUGAGGAAUUGGGUUUGUUCUGGUUUAGUUGGAACAAAAAUCUGCAGCCACAGUGGGCUUUUGUGGUAUUCCUACUCCUUCCAUAUCAAAGAUCUAGAUUACAAUCACAGUACACACACAAUCUAACCAUUUCUUCACUGAAAUCGUGUUUUUAGUUUAAAAAAAAAAUUCCAAAAGGUACGAUGUAAAUUUUUAGUGAUGAAAUGGGUAACCCAGAAAACUGUCAUUUCGUACCAAGGUUGGACAGAAUAAAUAAUAAACGUUGUUGGAAACAGGACCUUGACUUUGAUGUGACUGAGUCAAAAUUCCCAUCAGUGUGGUUGUGGAUGUGAGACUUCAAACCAGGCAAUGAACAGAGUUCCAAACAGUAAGAAAUCUUAAAGGAUUUUCAAAGCCGUCUUUUUUUGUUUGUUUCAUUUCUUGUCUUCGUUGUAUUCUCUCCUUCCAGACUGUGAGCACUGCAGGACCUUCUUCACCAGUGAGUGUAAUGUUCAUGGUCCGGCUGUCUUUGUCCCUGACGCUCCUGUUCCUAUGGGAGUCUCUGACCGAGCCAUACGAACCCUUCCCCCUGGUCUAGAGGUUCAGGUGUCCAGUAUUCGUAACACAGGCCUGGGCGUGUUCAAUAAAGGCGAGAUUAUUCCAGUUGGUGUGCACUUCGGACCCUACAAGGGAGAUCUCGUAGACAGAGAGGAAGCGAUGAACAGUGGCUACUCUAGGGUGAUAUACAGGAGCAAGCAGAGUGAGGAGUACAUAGAUGCCAAGAGCGAGAAGCGAGCUAAUUGGAUGAGGUAUGUGAAUUGUGCUCGUAAUCACGAUGAGCAGAAUCUGGUGGCUUUCCAGCAUCAAGGGGGAAUUCUAUACCGUUCCUGUCGACCCAUUAAACCAGGACAGGAGCUCUUGUUAUCGUAUGAAGAGGAUUAUGCCAAAGAUCUCAGCAUCACGUUCGACUCCAUCUAUAACAGAAAGAGCUCAGUGAAUGGAGAGAAGCGGUAUCAGUGCUCACAGUGCAGGAAGAAUUUCACCAGACACAGUCACCUCCAACGCCACCAGCGCAUUCACACGGGAGAGAAACCGUAUUAUUGCUCACAGUGCGGCAAGAGUUUUACUCAACAGAGUCAUCUCCAGCAACACCAGCGCAUUCACACCGGAGAGAAACCGUAUCACUGCACGCAGUGCGGGAAGAGGUUCACCGGACAGAGUCAUCUUCAAGUGCAUGAACGUGUUCACACAGGAGAGAAACCGUUUCAUUGCUCACAGUGCGGGAAGAGUUUUACUGAGAAAGGUACUCUCAAGGCCCACGAACGCAUUCACACCGGAGAGAAACCGUAUCGCUGCUCACGCUGUGGGAAGAGUUUUACUGAGAGAGGAAGCCUCAAAACGCACCAACGUGUUCACACAGGAGAGAAACCGUUUUACUGCUCGGAGUGCGGGAAGAGUUUUACUGAGAGAGGGAGUCUCAAAACCCAUGAGCGCAUUCACACAGGAGAGAAGCCGUAUCACUGCUCAGCAUGUGGACGGAGAUUCACUUACUCUGUAACGUUCAAAACACACAAGUGCACCAACGCAAAAACAUCGUGAUCUGAGGCAUGAAAAUGUGUAUUUUUCAUAUUUGUAAAGCUAGUGAUCAUGAGCACUUUGUUGAAGGCAAAACACUUAAAAAAAAGAGAAUAAAUAAUUUAGUAUUUAUUUGAUAUUACUAUUAAAUAUUAGUUUGUUCAAGAAACAAACUGCUCGGUAACAUUUCUGUAAAAUGUUCCAUUAGGUAUUUGGUUAAUACUGUAUGUAGAUCAACAUUUCAAGAUGUGUCUGUAAUUUACAUCUCAUUAUGGAUAGCUAUCAAUUCCUGUUCGGAUUCCUGUGAAUAAGUCUGUGCUGGCUUUUUUUUUUUUUAAACCCUUUUCUUCAACAGUACAACUGAUAUUUAAAAAAAAAAACUGACGUGUUUUACAAGAUGUGCAUUUUAUUUGGAUCUCUUAAAGGAAAUGCAAAGUGAACCACUUCUGU